ACUGAUAAGAAGUAAUAAGCUAUUUCUGUAAUGGAAAAUAAUAUAAACUUCAAGUCGAUCCAGGAUUAUAAAGUCACCAAUGUUGACGCGACUGCUUUUUACAUAUCAGAGUUUCUAUCGGAUAGCGAAGAGCAAUAUAUCUUAUCGAAUAUUUAUUCGGCGCCGAAACCAAAAUGGACUCAACUUUCGAACAGAAGACUUCAAAACUGGGGUGGUAUUCCCCACAACAAGGGCAUGAUAGCCGAAACUAUCCCUGAAUGGCUGCAGAAUUAUCUAAACAGGAUAGAUGAAUUGAAUUUGAUGGGUGGAAAUAAACCAAAUCAUGUUUUAGUUAAUGAAUACACACCAGGGCAGGGCAUCCUGCCACACGUAGAUGGUUCAUUAUUUUAUCCUACUAUAACAACAAUUUCUGUGGGGUCACAUAUUGUUUUAAAAUUUUGGGACCCACUCCCUGAUGCCAAUGAGAAUGCUUUAGAUAUGAAACCAGUUUUUUCAUUCUUACUAGAGCCGAGAAGUCUAUUGGUAUUGCAGGAUAAACUAUUCCAUCACUAUUUGCAUAGCAUUGAGGAAAUAAAUAAGGAUGUUCUUGAUGAAUCAAUAAAGAAUUUACACAUGUGUUCAGAUAAAUAUGUGAAAGGUAGUACAGUCUGCCGCAGCACAAGGAUUUCACUGACAAUUAGACAUGUACCUAAAACAAGUUCAUUUAAAAUUAAUAUUGGUAAUAAAAGAUGAUAUUACUUGAGCAUUUUAAUAUAUUAAUAUUAAGUUAAAAUUCCUUAUAGCAGUUUC